CACCCCCCCGCCUCAGCCCGCUGAGGCUGCUUCCUCCCCCGCCGCCACCGCCACGACGAGGACGAGGACCAAGGCCGGCUAGGCCCGUAGUUCCCCUGGGCGGCCAUGGCCAUGGCGGGAAGAAGCGGGCCGUGGUGGCCGUCCUGGUGGCGGCGGCGGCGGCGAGGAGGAGGAGGAGGUGGUCCCGGUCGGGGGCUGCUCCUGGCCGCCUUGGUGGUGCUGCUGCUGGCGGUGGCCCUCCCGGGAGCCCAGGCGGCGCGGAGCCGGAGCGGCGAGAAGCAGAACAGCCUCCGGCGGGCGGCCUCGGGCGUCUACCAGGGGGUGAGCGGCCUCUUCGGCGAGGAGAACGUGCGCGCCUUGCAGAAGUUUUUCUCCAGACUGACGGAACGAUUUGUAUAUGGCGUAGAUGUUCUAGUCGAUACCCUCUGGAGAAUAUGGGCAGACCUUCUGGAUGUUCUUGGGAUUGAUGGUUCCAACCUGAGCCAUUAUUUCAGCCCCGGAUCUCUCGCCAACAACCCCACCCGUGCUCUUCUGCUGAUGGGUGCCGUCUUGCUCGCCUAUUGGUUUGUCUCUCUCCUCCUCGGGUUCUUCUUUUAUCUCCUGCACGUCCUGUGCGGCCGCUUCUUCUGGAUCGUGAGGGUUGCCCUCUUCGCUCUCUCGUGUGUCUACAUCCUCCAGAAAUAUGAAGGGGAACCAGAACAUGCGGUCCUUCCUCUGUGUUUCGUCGUGGCCGUCUAUUUCAUGACCGGCCCGGUGGGCUUCUACUGGAGGAGGAGCAGUCACAGCACCCUUGAGGAGAAGAUUGAUCAUCUUGACAGCCAAAUCAGACUGCUGAAUAUACGGCUUUCUAGGGUGAUCGAAAACAUGGACCGAGGCAGCGACCAGUGAAAUGGAGGUUCCAGUUUCACCUUUGACACCAGCUCUCUAGGAAGUCACAAAGCACUGUCUAGUUAAGAAAAAUUAGCAAAGCAACAAGCCGACACUGGGGUAAACAAUGUGCAACAUUACGCUGUUAAAUGUUAUGAAUAGUAGUUUUAUCUAGACAAUACA